ACUGUUUCCGCCAUCGACAACGUAAAACACACGAAGAAGAUGCAGGACGAUGGCUCCUGAGAGCAGGGACGGGGCAGCUCCCUGCGGCUGUAAAGGAAUAAGGAGCUGUCUCAUCUGUGAAAAGUUGAAGGGAAAAGGGCAGUUACAGAAGAGUAAAUCGGAGGUUAAUAUAUCUAACUGAAAACUCUCUUUAAAUAGUUACCAUUAUUAGCAGGAAACAGUCUGAGCUACUGUAUGCUAGCUACACUCACUGACUUGUACGGAAGCUUUAAUGGGACAAACUGCUUCAUUAGUUUUAAUAGAGUGAAGUCUCUCUUUUCUGCCAGAAUGUUUGAUAUGUAUCUUCCAUAUUGUGGCUCACUAUCAGAGAUGACAGAAUCAUGAAUUGUUGCUGUAACUGGAACCCUUUUUCUCUGUGUAGGUUGUCCAUCAUUUCUUUUACAACCCCGAAACUGGUCUUGCUGUGUCCAAAGAUGCAGAGGGUCCAUCCUUCCGAUUCCCUGGGGUCUUUCUUCAGGAGAACUUCAUAACAGAAGAGGAGGAGAAGGAGCUGAUCACUGCCAUGGACCAGGAUGUCUGGAAUGAGUCCCAGUCAGGUAGACGGAAACAGGUAAGGUGGAGCACAUGUAAGGUUUACUUUGUAGAGUUUUUGUUAGACAAAUAAUUUCAUUUUUUUUUUAAAGAAUUGGAUGUUAGUUUGCCUUCCUACCAUAUUCUAGUGUACCAUAUUCUAGCCAAAUGACCCUCCAUAUAACCCCCCACUCCCACCCUGCUGCACUGUGCUCCUGUUUUUACUAUUUAUUAUGUGUAAGAACAUAUAUCUUUUUAUAUAUUUUAAAUAUACUUUUAUCUAUUUGGUUUUUAUUCCACUACCACUCUACCUCCAGAGAGUGCAAUAUUGCUCACAAUGCUGCUAAUUUACCCUUAGUUUUUAUUAUUUUUCUGCAUGUUAAAUUAAACACAAUCAUGCUGUGAUAUGGAAGCCAAGCAAUGCCAUUUUCGUUGCAGAGAUAAAUCACUGCUGUGUUUUAUUCAGUGCAGUGACAAAUGAAGAAAGUCUAUAGUUUUAUUUUUGCUCAAUGCUGGUUGGUCAUGAGCACCUUUGAUCCUAUCGAUACCAAAAGCAGGGCUGAGUUUUCUUCUCAAAGCAACAUUUUUUUUAAUUUUCUUCUUAUUUUGUUGCAGGACUUUGGACCAAAAGUUAACUUCAAGAAAAGGAAGGUGCGUCCUGGAGGCUUCAGUGGACUCCCUCCUUUGAGCCAAAAACUAGUUCUCCGAAUGCAUCAAGAGCAGACUCUUGCAGGUUUUCAGCCAGUUGAGCAGUGCAAUCUGGAUUAUAAUCCUCAGCGAGGCUCUGCCAUUGAUCCUCAUCUGGAUGAUUCCUGGCUGUGGGGGGAACGCCUGGUUACCAUCAACAUGUUAUCCAACACCACACUCACUAUGUCCCUUGAACAGGGUCUGCCAGAGGCUGGACUAUCAGAGGAAGUUCGAGUAGCUGUGCACCUUCCUCGCAGGUCUUUAGUGGUGCUACAGGGAGAGGCUCGGCACAGAUGGAGACAUGCCAUCCAUAGGGAGGAUGUUCACCAGCGGAGAGUCUGCAGCACCUACAGAGAGCUCUCUGCAGAGUUUCUACCAGGAGGGAAACAGGCAGAGAUGGGGGCACAGCUGUUGGACAUUGCAUUGGCCUUUAAAGGAACUCCAAUAUAGUCAGCUGAGAGGAGGGUAUCAGGGUCUGUAGACAUGGUUUGAGUGUUGGUGUUUUGACAGAGCAGAAGAAGCUGUUUGACAUGUUAAGUGUAACUGAUACUGAAAUUUUAAUUUUAUUGGGAAAAACCCUGUAUAAAGCCAAUAAAGAUAUACAGUUAGACUUUCACCCACCCUGUGAGCUGUGCCAUCAAGACUGAAUGCAUACAGUAUGUGUUCUACACCUGCAAAUAUUAUGUGAAGGGAGCCUGUGAUUUAAAGUUGGCUUGGACUUCAUUCUUAAAAGAGUAGAUUUCCCUAUACUGACCAGGAAAAAAUGUGUCUGAUGAAAGGGUGAAAUAAACAAAUUUAUUAUUUUUGAUGUUGGUGAUGGUGUUGCAAGAUCUGUCUGUAUCUCUCUGAAGGUUAUUUAGCGGUUGUGACCAUCUGAACAAAAAAUGCAUGCUGAAAACAGCAUACAGAUAGCUCAUAGUCAUUUUCACGUCCUUGGCACAGAGUUUUUUUCAAAAUUACUCUAAUCCUCCUGUAAUUUAAAGAUAUAAUGUUUUAACUGUGUGAAAGCAAUCACUAAUGAAUGUAAGCCAAAGGUCUAAAAACUGUACUAUGAGUUUAAUGUGCAGUAUUUUCAUGUGACUUGAAUUCCUUGUUCUUUAUUUUUAAAUAGUACUGAUACAAAUGUCAAGGUUGUGUAUUUUUAAAGAGUACUGAUGUAAAGACAAAAACCAUGAGCAGUUAAGUCUCCUGUCCUGUGGGUGUGAACAAUUAAUACACAAUCUGUAUUUUCUUGCAGUUAUGGCUUUUGUUUUAUAUUUUCAUAUUAACGUACACUGUUGACUACGCUGCUACAUCACAUUCAGCUGAUAACACUAUUUUUAGAUAACCACAAAACCACAUACAAGCUUGUUAAAGCUGAUAAACAGCCCAGCCUGCAAAGUAAAAAAAAGAGCCAAUGAAAGAUCAACUUACUCACUUAAGUAUUUUUUUUUCCAUGGAAAUGCACCCUAGGUCAAACAAGUCUAGAAACUGUUUUUAGAUUUUUAAUCAAUAUUUUGCGCUUCCACUAAAAUUUUACAUGAGUAAGUGAUGCACCCAAGACACAACAAACGAUUCAUUUAAUUUUCUGCAGGGAAACUGUUUCUUAAUGUUUAGUGCAUGAAGCAAACUAUCAGUGCAUUACUGCUUGUUAGGAGGCAAGGAUUAUUUUGAUGUCUUUGGAGGAUUUUAGAAAUAAUCAAAUUCACUGAAUUGAAUUAAACAGUUUUCUACUUUUCUGCAGUUUUCCCCCUCACGGGACUUUAUCCUUGCUGUAGUUUACUCACACUCCUCGCUCUUAACAGGACUAGUUCAAUAUGAGUCUUAUACUGAUUUUAAUCUUUGAUUUGUCAUUGAUUGUAACCACUUAUUUCCCUCUAUGAACCUGGGGGUAACUCAUAGUCAGUUGCUUGAUCAGCUGCAAGAUGUGCAUCAACGUUUGUAUGUGGUCCAUGGUGUAGGGGAGAGUGGGGUAAGAUGAGCCAUUUUUCAUAUUUCAGAUCACUACAUCAAGGCAAUCAUAGUUUUGUCUCUAACUAGUGAAUCUGCAUGUAUUUCAAGAUGUUGUGCAUCCCUGCAAACCAACAGAAUGAGUGUAAACAUAACAUAAAAAUGUUUGUUUUUUUGGAAAUAAACAUCUAACCCCUUCA